CCCAUGCUUUCGACGUGUAUCACAACGUGUUUGGCCUCAGGUAUCCCUGACACGAAAGCUUGCAGCAGAAGUCGAUAUUUUGGAUAGGCUUGAUUGGCCCAGUUUAACUCACAGAAGUUACUACACCGCAGAUACAGUGGCUAAAUAAUGUCCAUUCUUUGCAGAAGGAUGUAUAGAAGGAAUUUUUGUGACUCGGGCUGGGACAGCCGAGGUCCAAACCUCUCCUGAAGAGGCGCCUUAUACUGUUGUAGACUUGUAGUGGUCCUCUUAUUGUCCAAUCCGGUUUCGGCAUUGGUCGGUGCUGGCGAUGUAAAGGGAGCAAGACAUGGGUUCCAACGUCUACUCGCGUCAGCUGGGACAGCUGUCAAACCACUUCCUCACCCAGCAGGAACUGCAGGAUUUUCACGACGUCAUCUCCAAUGAGUCCAUUCGGGAAGAGGUUGAAAGCGCGUUGGCUGUGCUGUAUGGUGAACACGAGACGGAUCCGGGCCUCCUGCUCCGAGGCUUCCUGGUCAAGGCCUUCAAUGACGUCUUGAGGGCCUUCGUGAUGUUUCCCAUCUGCACCGUCGUCACCCAUAACAAUGGAAACAAGCACGCUCAGCUGCUUAUGCUCCAGGAGGACGAGCACUACCAGCAAGCGCUCGUGCGCUUGGAGCACAUCUGGCCGGUUACGCGUGAGCAUCAGGAGCGGGCCAAGAGGGAGCCCAGGCGCACGCUGACGGACGAUGACCUGAUGUACAUGGUCUGCGUCAUGGAGAUCCGCGACCCGGACUUCUUCUUCCCGGAAGACCCACGGGUCACCCUGGUCAAGCGCAAGCUGCUGCAGCAGCUCUCCGCGCUGCUUAGGGCUCGCAUCCAAGGGGCCUCACGCGACCGGCUGCAGAAACGACGGGAGGAGCUCGAAUCGCAGCACCGAUCAAAACGGACCGAGCUAAGCACUCGCAUCGUUGCGGACAAGCGCACCGGACGUUACCGCCCAGCCACAGCCGCGGAGCUGGAUUCCAUAGCCGACGAGGUCGACGGCAUCGAGGAGCAAAUCAACGAGCUUGCCCGCAGCAUGGUAGGCAUCGAGGACAAGCGCGAGGAGGAGCUGCGCAAGACGCAGAACCUGGUGUCGGAUCUGAGGGAUGCGGCGGCGGAGGCUCGCCGUACCAUGGACGCCAGCGCUUUGAAGCUAAGAGCCGCCAUUGACGCCGCAAAGGCUGCCAUGGCGCCGGCUGGCUGCUUGGGCGAACCUUCGCCGCCCUCAGUCGGUGGCGUGUUCACGCCGUCACCGCAGCCGCAGGAGGAGGCUUCGGCCGGGCUGCCGCAACAGGCGCCCCGGCUGGAGGGAACCGCGGGUACGACUGGGGCUGCGAGGAAGGCAGCGAGGCGGCCUGGGGAGCAGCCGGCGGCAACUGCCGUGAAUGGAAGCAUGGAGGGGGCGCAUCGCGCAAAGCGGUCCCGCAUGGACGCGGCUGCCGAGGAGGCGGCGACGCAGCAGCACAGGCAUGAGACGCGGCAGCAGCCACUUCACAAGCAGCAGCAGCAGCCGAAACAGAAGCCUCCAAAGGCCCCGCAAGCGCCAAUACAGCCGCAAAAACGAGACUUGCGGCGAGAGUAUAUGGAGGUUAAGGCGGAUUGGCUGCUGCUGCUGCUGGAAAACGGCGCGACCAAUGAAGAUGGCAGUGAGGUCGACUUGCGGAUGCUACCGGAGGAGGCGCUGGAUAACGCGAUCAAACUAGAUGAACGAGCAGAGGCGCUCCGAGGGCAGCUGGAGAAGGAGGGGCAGCCCGUUCCCUCGCAGUUUGAGGUAGUUACCUUGCUUGCUGAGCAGCGCAUGCAGCAGCAGCAGCAUCAACCCGGUGCCGACACCGCAUCGCCGGCCCCAUCCAUGCAUCCCGUGGGUCCUGUGGCGGCGCCCGCGCCUGCGCCCGCGCCCACUCCUCCAAGCCAGCAAAGCGCACCGGAGGUGCUGGCCGCUGACCCCUCUCCACCGUCGGAAAGCCGGCAACACGGCUGCAACGACCCACCCCCAUUACCGCAUGGGCGGCACGGCCGCGUAAAGCAGCAGCAGCAGCAGCAAACGCAGAUGCAGAGCUCGCCGAAGUCCUCGCGGCGUCCGCUGGGUGCCAACGGCCCAUCUGUGCAGCAUCAAGGAAAGUGGCAUUGCGCUCUGGAACUUUCGGAGAAUACCUGUACCACCCGGCACCAGCGGCAGGCCACCAUCCACACGGUCCCUAUGACCGGGCGAGCAGCGCAGAUCGAGCUCCCCAGGGCCGCCGACGGGAGCGCCCUGCAGCCUCCCUUGACAUCCUUCUCCGCUCUAAUAAAGACCGCUUUGCUGUUCCAUGGGCGCAAAGAGGCUCAGGAAGCCGCUUCAGCCGAAUCCGUGGAGCGGCUUAUCAGCACCUGCCCCUACAUCGUCCCGGAGGUCGGCUUGCUCACGGUGGACAAAGCGGAAGACAUGGAAAGUGUGGUGGAGUUUGGACGCCGGUGGGGCUGGUAUGCCAGGGGCGGGGACCUGGUACGGUGCAGCAAGUACGGCUUCCGACCCACGAGUGGCACUGCAACCGGCUGGAAGGUGUUUGUGUGGGUCUUCACGCACGCAUGCCGCUGGGCCUGCGAGAAACUGGCGGCCGACUUUCCUAAGGAGCAGCGCCAGCUGUUUCUGCAGAACAAGGCCUUCAUCGUGUUGCUUCAAGCCGAGCCCCCAGACGUGACGCGCCCCACGAACAAGCACACGCAUGCAGCUCCCGCCGAGUCAGACCGAAGCUUCUCCGGCGCCACGGCGGCGGCGGCGGCGGCUCCGGCGCCUUCCAGCUCCCAGCUGUCUGGCCAGGCUUCCGCUGGGGGCGCGCCACCAGUCGGGGCCCCGGCUGCUGCUGUUGUGCCGGCUGCUGCGCACAUGCCGCAGGUCGACGCCUCCAGCGCUGCUGCUGCUGCCGCCGUCGGGAGGCCUCCGUCCAAGCAUGCAAGUGGCGCGCCAAGGCCGCAUGCCGGCGCCACCGCCGCUGCAGGCCCAGCCACGGCCUCUCCUCUACACACGGCCUACUCAGCUACCGACUCUGCAUGGCCACCCGCGCAUGCAACCGCGGGGCCCUCUGGGACGUUGCGCUCUGGCAGUGUACCCCCCGCGACGCUCACGGGGCCGCAAGCGGCGGCGUGCACAGCGCCGGCUGGUGCAGUGCCGGAACCGCCGCCGUCCCCGGUAUCCAGAUUGAACCCCGCGAGAAGCCUCCAGGCACCUCUCGGACAGCAAGUUCUAGCGCAGGCGCUGUGCGGAGGGGAGGCGGAGGCAACGUCAGCGCCGCGAGUAUGGGUUCCUCCUGGGCAGGAUGCCAUGGGCAGCACGUCUUACCCGGUGGUCCAGGUGCAGUCGCAGGCGCAGGGCUACCCGGCUGCAGCUACGGUACCGGUUUUGCAGGGGCAGCUGCCGGGGUUUGCGGCGCCCCUGCAGCAGCCGCAGCAGUGGCAGCCGCACCAGCCACCUGAAGCGCCCCCGCAUCCUCCUCAGGGCUUUCUUCAGCCGCUGGCGCCGCAGCCCCAGCCGCAUCCACAGCAGGGGACGUGGCAGUACGUGGAUGGGACAUGGCAACAGUACAUGCAUGUCGCCUACCACUCCUACCCGAUGCAACAGGGGUAUCUGCCGCCGCACCAGCACCAGCAGCAGGCCGUCUACCCACAUGGUCAGGUGCCAGACCAGAUGCACUGGCAGGGAGUACCGGUAGCUGGGGGCGGGCCGCCGCCGCCGCCGCCGCCGCUGCUGCUUGUUGGGGGCUAUCCGAGUGCCGCAGGGCCCUCGGCCUUCGCCAUGACGCACGCCGUUCCGCUUGGCUACCCGCGAGUAGCCACCACAGCACCUGCCGCUGCUGCUGUACCGAUCCCCAACGCUGUUUUCGUAGCUCCGCAAGGCGCUGAUCCCAGCUAUGCAGCCACUCCGCUGCCGCAAGCGGCAAGCAUGCAACCGCUGGGGGCCUCAGUUCUCGGUUGGGAUGGGGCAGGCGCGGGGGAAGCAUCGCCGCCACCGCCCCUUCCCCCGGGGCCGCCACCCGUUUCACCGGACUCGCCUGGCGGGCCGCCACCGCUGCCCGCGGCUACACCGCCCACGUCGCUAGCACAAGCGCAGCAGCAGCCUCACGAGGGUCACGACGUGAGCUUUGCCUUCGUGUGCGAGGCGCGUGCUGGCACGGCGCCCGCUCAGCCGACGAUGGAGGUACCGCCAAAACCGAGGUCGCCUCGCCUGUGCUUUGAAGACGACUUGGAGGAUUCGGAUUGAGGAGCCAACCAGGGCCCUGGCGAUAGGUUUGGACGCCGUGGCGUCUUAAGGUGCCGUUGUAGGGCUUGACGUAGUAGUUGGGUACUUGUUUUUGGAGUGUACCAAGUUGCUGCUGUCACGUAGCUUGAAACACCCGCGUGAGGGUGCACAUGCAUGCAUGGAGGGAUUUGUCGUCUCAGUUGAGCCUGGCGGCAAGGCCGGGCUUUACACCACCGGUUAUAGGAAGGAGUGGGCCGAAAAGCGCUAGGUAUUGCAGCGCAUGACGGAAGGGGGAAAUCAGGGCUGAACUAAGGCUUGUUCGCUUGUCCGAGUAUCUCGGUGCCAAGAGUUGCUGCUUCACGCAUGCUGAGCGUUUGCUUGGCUAGUGACCGAACUGUGCCUGCGGUGCAUGUUGUGGACGGCGCUUGCACCGAUUUGAAAGGCUAUGGUAGCUGUUGUGCGGGCCCAUGGUUCAUGACCGCGGUAUCGGUGCUUCAGUUUGUAUUUAUUUAUGUUGCUGGUGCCCUAGGCGCGGGGCCCCCAAGAUUCUUACCCACACAUGCGGGGAUAUUUGACAGGCUUAUAGGCUGCCUUACUUCUGACGGUCGUGAGUGGCCGUCGUGGGCAGGAGGGUGGAAGUCUGCCUAUAAGCAUGGCGCGUGUGAACGAGUCGAAAAGGAAGAACAGCAUCAUUGGCU